AUGCAAUACAAACCAGAAACUAAAAACAUGGUUACGAUGAAUCCUGCCUACAUACUUACUAUUCCUAAAGAAUUAUCACUAACGGAAAAUUAUGAAAUACAACGAACUCGUAAAAUUCUAAUAAUUAUACUUGGCGUGUGUCUUGCACUCUCUGUGGUUGGUACAAUUAGUGCAAUAUCAGAAUCGAAAUUGGAAGGUGAUAUCGGUGUUCCUCGACGAAGUUCACAAGGUGGUCAUAGUUUUAUUUCAAUGCUUUAUUGUAGUUUUGGAAUAAUUGUCACUUAUCAAUAUUCUCAAAAUGGUUUACGUGUACUUGUGUGUCUAGGCAUAAUUAUGCUUGUUAUAAUGGGUAUUGCAGCUACGAUUAUUUUGUGCCUUGCUAUUGGAGCUGUGGCUUUUCUCAACUAUACUGAUAACAACGAGAAACAAGCGAUGAUAGUUGGGGUGUCAUUUGGUGCUUUCAUUUUCCUUCUUACAUAUGCUGUUGAUUUUAUUCUUACGGUGAUCAUUGUAAAAUUUGCUUUCAAAUUGACACGACUUAUUGAUGGAAAUAAACAUUUAACUAAUCAACGAGUCUAA